AAGUCAGGAUCCCAGGAGGAGCUAUUAAUCCAUCUCUAAUCUAAAAUAAAGCAGUUCUCAUUGGUAUAUAAAAGGAGAAAAAGGCUUAAACUUUUCAGAGGCAAAGUUGAAAAUGGAAAAUAUCUGAUGUUAUUACUUAAAAAUGAAUUAAUAAAAAUAAUUUAGCGGUAAUAAAUUCUUACCAUAGUCAGUGUUUUAUUUUCUAUUGUAUGUUACACAGCUAAUGUACUUCAUUACUUUUGUCUUGAGAGAUUAUUCAACAUUUCAAAAUAAAAUAUCCAUCAUGGCAGAAAAAUAAGGUUUAACAAAGUAAAACUAAUGGAGUCAUUUUUCUGCUUUAACUACACGUGUGAGUUCUUAGCUCUUUUUAUAUUCACUCAAUUACUGUCAUGCAGUACAUCCAUUUCUGACCAUGUUACCCUCUAAAAUUUGGUUUAUAUUGUAUAUCAUCUAUUUAACUUUCUUUACUACAUUUAUUAGAAGCAGGAGGUGCACUACAGAUUAAAUAUUUGCAUUCAUAUACAUCUAUACUAUUGAAUAGAGUAAACUACAGUAGUGUUCAGGUUCAGUGGUUCAGUCAGCUGUAGAAAAAAAGGUCCAACUUUGCUGGAGACGGGACUUUUAGGGAAAUUUACAGGAGCUACAGUGAAAACGUUCACCUGGAAAGUCACAGAGGAAACAAUAUUGCCAAUAAAAUGUUAGAUUUGUUAAGUAAACUCUACAUUCCGUUUAUCCUGGGUGGGUUCAUUCAUCUCAUAAACGCACGCACCUGAAGCCAAACCAUCCACUAACCUGAGCCAAUCAUAUUCAUUAAAAAAAAAAAAAAGUUAAGCCACUCCAUCAUUUGCACAGAGGUCUGGAAAAAUACCACUGCAUGAUACCACAAAACAAAGGAAUGCACACAGGAAUGUAAAGUGGCAUCUAAAACUUUCACUGGUGUGAUGAUGGAAGUAUCUUUUUUUGCAAUAGGACUUAAAAGCCAUCUGGAGACUAUUAUAGGUUAUAAAACAGCUGCACAGGAGUGGCUCCUUUUCCUGCCACCGCAGACUGAAAAAACAAUAGCGAUGUCAGGGAGCGAGCACAGAGCCAACCUGACCUCGUGCCACGUUGUCUAACAUGCACCUGGAAGUUAAUCAAACGUUACAAACUCUUAUCAACUGUCUGAAGGUGUGCAUCCUGCAGCAAGCUCAUUGCAAGUCCUGCAAAAACGAAGCCAGCUGCAAAGAAAAAGACUAGUUGAGGUUCACCUUUCUGCUCAUUUAGGGUUAAACUCUCAGACAGUCGACUUCCUCCUGCAGAUUUCUCACUCCAACACCCUGGCAGGCCCUCCUCAGUAUUUUUCCUCAAGUAAAUGUUAUAAAUAGUGCUGUGUGCUCUGUCCAUCCUCCUCUCAAAGUGUCUCUCAGCUCUGCCCACCUCCUCUCUCCUCCUCUGUCCGUCUGUUUCUCAGCACAAACAAACAGGAUCAAGCGUUCGCCUUUCCUCUUCACAUUUCUCUGCAGACCUCUGACACUUUUGCAGGAUUUUUCUAACUGACCUGAGUUACAUUUAAAAGCUUUUCAGGAUGCACUGUGUGAGCUGGUUGUUGCUGUGGACCUGCCUCCUGAUGCUGGGCAUCAUAGUGCGGGGCGCCCCGGCCCAGUGCCCGAGCGAGUGUCACUGCCACGGUGACCUUCAGCACGUCAUCUGUGACAACGUGGGGCUGAAGAAGAUCCCUCAGGUGUCGGAGGCCACCCGUUUGCUGAACCUGCAGAGGAACAACCUGGGCAGCAUACCCACAGGGGCCUUCAGCGAAAGCAAGGGUCUGAUCUCUCUGCACAUGCAACACUGCCACCUCCGAGAGAUCGGAUCCCAGGCAUUCAAGGGGCUGAACAAGCUCGUCUACCUCUACCUGUCUAACAAUGACAUCAGCACCAUCAAGCCCAGCGCCUUUGAGGAUCUCACCGAGCUCACCUACCUCCACCUAGACGGGAACCAGAUCAGCAACCUGCCAAAGGGCAUCUUCUCCCCGAUGAUCAACCUCUUUGUUCUGCAGCUCAGUGACAACAAGCUGCGGGAGCUGCGUCAGGGGACCUUCUCGGGUGCCAAAGACCUGCGCUGGCUGCACAUUAGCAACAAUGAGCUGACGACACUGCAUCCGAGCUCUCUGGAUGACGUAGAGAACCUCGCCAUACUUCACCUGGACGGCAACAAGAUGUCCACCUAUCCCAGCGUGGCAAUGAGCAAACUGCGGGUGGUGGAGGAGCUCACGCUGGGGAAGAACCCCAUGAAGACUAUCCCUGACAACGCCUUCCAGAGCUUUGGGCGCUACAUGGAGAAACUACACCUGGACAACAUGGGUCUGGAGAAGUUAUCCGACGGCGCGUUUACCGGUGUGACGGCGGUCAAGGUGCUUCACCUGGAAAACAACAGGCUAAAGUCGAUUCCCAAAAGCCUCCAGUUCAACACCAUCACCAACCUCACCCUCUUCAACAACCCGUGGAACUGCAGCUGCCAGAUAGCUCCGCUGCGCAAGUGGAUGGACUCGAUCCCGAUCCCAAACCGUCCAGAUGCACUGUGCGCAUCUCCGAAUCAGCAUAAGGGCAAGCAAGUCAGAGACAUCACUGGCUUCAAGCGCUGCAGACCGAAGACAGCGAGGACCAAAAAGGGCAUGCGCCAAUGAACUCACAGCCCACAGGAGACGCCGAGCAGGAGCCUGUCCAGGUGACCGGCUACAAUGAAAGCAAUGCUAACUGUUUCUACUUAAAGACUCUCCAUCUAUUCAUCUGCCAGAGGCUGUCAGCAGCAUAAACACAGACACACACAUCGCCCUUAGUCUGCUUCAGUUACACACAAACACGCAUCGACUUGAUUUAAAUAUAAUUCUCAUUCAUUUAUAUCAAAGAUGAAGACUUAAGCAUGAAGUGGAAGCAGACGGGAUGGAAAAAAGGGAUGCUUUAAAGUAAAUGAGGAAAACGUUGAGAGAUUUGCCAUCAUGUCCCUGUGCAUUCAGUCUAAGCAAAACAA